GUGUAUAAUGAGUAAAUAGUAAAUUAUAUAGUUGUAAUUAUGGAUCAUGUGAGUGUUGAUGAAGGAACUAAAAUAGAAGCUUCUGUGAACAAUAGCUUUGGAAGUUGUCAACAACCUCAAGUUGGGCCCAAUGAAUCAAGUGAAAGUAUGAAACUGUUUUUAGAAGAGUCACAAGGAGAUCUAACACAAAAUAAUCACAAUGACAUAAAUACUGAAUCAGAUUCAAAUACAAUUCCAACAGUCCCCAAGAAAAAUGAUGUCCUAUCAGAAACAUUUUCUGACGAAAAUGCGAAACAAAUUGAUGAUAACAAAUUGAAUACCGACAUGAAAUUAGAUACCAAUUUUGAUGCUGAUACACAGAUUGAAGAAAUUGACAAAUUUAUAAUGAAUGGAAAUUUAUCAGAUAUCACAGAAAAUGGAAUUUCUGAAAAACAAGAUGAUGCUGAAAAUAAUAUGACUACAGUAAAAAAUACAGACACAGAUCAAGAUAAAGGCAGUGGCACUAUUACAACAAGCACUGAUAAAAAUCAAACCGAUACUUCUGAAGAAACUGAUUUAUAUCCUGCGACAUCAACAGAUACCUUUACAUCGAAUCCAUCUGCUUCGUCUUUAUCAACAGAGCUAUCAAAUAAUGAUCUAAACAACACUUUACCAAUUGAGACCACACACUUAACAAGCACUAAUUCUUCAUAUAAUGCUUCUAUUUCCGAAGCCAAUGAUUUAAUUACUAAAGAUACAAGUGCAAAAUCAAAUGAUGUACCAGAAACUAUGAAUCGUAAACGGAAGAUAGAGGAUGAAACUUCUGAUGUUAUAAAAAUAAAACGAAUUUCUGAUAGCAUUGAUAAUAAGGAUAAUAUGUCAACAAGCAUAAUUUCAUUUUCUGGAGAUUGUCAAGAAAAUGAUUCUUCAAGUAUUUCAUUAAAUAUUCCAGAAACAUCAUUAGAUACCAGUAAUAGUCGAACAUUAAUUAAUGGUGAAAGUGUUUGA